AUGGUGCCAGAAACGCCUGCUCGUUCCAACACCGGACGAGCACGAAAGGCUCCGGUACCACCUCCUACGUUCCACCCUAGCCUCUGGGGUGGUUUCUUCCUCACUUACCAACCGCCUACUGCCCCUCAGCGUGCAUGCAUGGAAGGAAAGGCUGAAGUGCUGAGAGAAGAAGUUAGGAAUAUCGUAAAUAGCACACAUGAAUUACCAAAAUUAUUGGAUCUUAUAAUGACAUUGCAACGGCUCGGGCUGGACAUCUACUAUGAGAACGAGAUCAACGAGCUGCUCCACCAUGUCUACAAGUCUGGUUACAACGAGGAAGAUCUACAUUUAGUUUCACUCCGAUUUUAUCUUCUGCGGACAAAUGGAUAUGAUGUAUCAGCUGAUGUAUUCCUUCGUUUCAAAGACGAUGAAGGGAAUUUUAUGUUCGACAAUACAAGAAGUAUUCUGAGCUUAUAUAAUGCAGCAUACCUUAGGACACAUGGAGAACAGGUGCUCGAUGAGGCCGUAAUAUUCACAACAAGCCACCUAGAAGGCGUAUUACAACAAUCAUCACCACUAGCAAAUGAAAUAUCUUUAGCCCUUGAAGCACCACUUUUCCGAAGGGCUCGCAUAGUAGAAAUGAGAAGCUACAUCCAUAUUUAUGAUAAUGGUGCUACAAAAAAUGAAGCCAUAUUGGAUUUCGCAAAAUUGAAUUUCAAUCUUUUGCAACUUCUUUAUUGUGAGGAGCUAAACAACAUCACAGUUUGGUGGAAGGAGCUCCAUGAAGAAUCAGAGUUAGGAUUUUCUAGAGAUAGAAUAGUGGAAAUGUAUUUUUGGAUGAAUGGAGCAUGUUAUGAACCUCAAUAUUGUAACUCACGGAUAAUACUUACAAAGAUGACAGCAUUUAUGACCAUACUAGAUGAUAUCUUUGACACAUAUGGUACCACCGAAGAGAGCAUGCAACUUGCCGAAGCAAUCAACAGAAAUAAUUGUGAUGAGUGGGAUGAAAGUGCAACAGAACUGCUUCCAUCAUACAUCAAGGGGUUCUACUUGUAUUUAUUGAAGACAUUUCAUUCAUUUGAGAAUGAACUGGGACCUGGGAAGAGACACCAUGUGCACUAUCUAGAAGAAACGUUGAAGCGAUUAGUUCAAGCAUACACGGAGGAGCUAAAAUGGCGUGAUGGAAAUUAUGUGCCAAAAACACUGGAGGAACAUCUUGGGGUUUCAGCCAGAAGCAGUGGAGGCUUCACACUUGCGUCUGCUUCAUUAUUUGCUGGAGUAGGCGGCAUAGCUACAACAGACACGUUCGAGUGGAUUCUGAACUAUCCGCAACCUUUCAAGACGUUUGAUAUGUUUGUACGGUUCUCCAAUGACAUCGUAUCAAGCCAGAUCAUUCGUGAGCAAACCGGGGACCACUACGCCUCUACGAUCCAGUGCUACAUGGAAGAGCACGGCGUGAUGGUGCAGGACGCCCGCGAUAAGAUCAAAGACCUCGUCGAGGACUCGUGGAAAGACAUGGUGCGACACUGCGUCGCGCCGACCGAGCAACAGCAGCCGCUGGCCGUGCCGCGGACGGUCGUCAACUUCGCGAGGACGGUGAAUAACAUGUACAAGCGCGGCGACGCCUUCACUUCCUCGCACGAGAUCAAGGAGAUGAUCACGUUGCUCUACGUGGAACCAAUUGCUUAA